GGUAUUUCAACUCUGGGUCUCCGCUGGUCUUCGCGUUCUCUAACGUUGUAUUCGCGCUCCUGAAACGCAGUUUCCGCGAAUACCGUGCUUGACGUGAAAAUUUUAGUGCAGUGCGACAUGUUGAGUGAAAUAUAUUUAUAUUUAAUUUUUGUGGCUGAAAUUAAUGAGGAAAAAAAUAUCAUAAAUCAUUGAUUGAAAAAAAAAUUCCAAGAGUUUUUAUUACAAAUGCAGUCAAUAUGGAUUCCAAGGUCGGUCUUGACUAUAUUGUUGACAACCCGGACUACUGCAAUAAACUUGCUUCAGCCCUUGACACUGCAUGUACAUCGGUGAAGAAACAAGUUGUUGAAUUAUUAUCAGCCCUGUGUGUUUACAGUCAGGAUGGUCGUCAACGUGCUAUCGAUACACUUCAUAUAUAUCAGGAACGAAAAGGAGAACGCUAUAGAUUACGAGCAAUUGUCGAUGAAUUGCAAAAAGCAACUGAAGAAGAUUAUCAAUCAGCAUUAUUGGCAUUUAUUAAUUGUCUUGUUAUUUCAACACCAAUGUUAAAAGAUCGUGUUAAAUUACGAAAUGAAUUUAUUGGUUUAAAGUUGCUGCCAAUUCUCAAAUAA